GUUCCAGCACAGUUUCAUCGUGAAUUGCGAAGGCGUCGGUGUGUUGUCCCCGCAGUGUCGCAAUCAGUUGCAAACAAGUGAAUAAGUGAUAAGAGUGGUACGCGACGCAGAGAACCGCAUGGUUCUUCUUCUCGCAAGACAAUCAUGGCGAAACUAAGCGUAUUCCUGUUGCUGCUGGUCGCUACAACGUGUUUUAUACAAACUGUGCAAUCGCAACAUUCUACCGGAAGUGAAGAAGAUGAUGGCGUCGAUGUGUUCAAUCCGGGGAUGAGCAGUGACACACAUUUACCACAACCAGGGGGUUCAAACGAAGAAAGUGGUGAUGGUCAUGAAGGUGAUGGUGAAGGGGAGGUAAUGGAUAAGAGUGAAGAAAAGCAUGAGGCUGAUGUAGAAAAAGAUGAAUCCGCUGAGGUGGAAGAAAAAAAGGAGGAGAAACCAAAACCAAAUCCAAAACCGAAACCGGUUGAGGAAACGCCCGCCAAGCCCAGUAAGCCAUCGCUGCAGCGUAAGAUUCCAUCCCAACUCGGUCGCUUGACAUAUCCCAACGGGGAUACAGACGGUACCAAGUUCAGCGAUGAGUACGCACGCGUCGCACCCAAUAAGAACAUCGGGCAAGGGACCGGAGGUAUUCCCUUUGCGUUGUCCGAAUCUGAAUUGAAACGAAUUCGGAGUUAUCCCAUGUACUGGUAUUAUGACAUGGGUGGGGAUUCUGAGAACCAUGGGGAUUUCCAGCAUAAUAUCCAUUCGUCCUCACCAACUGUCCAUAAGAACCUUAACUUCCAGUUGCCAUUUUUUGGUUUCCGGUAUAAUUACACCAGGGUGUCACUCAACGGGUACCUGGAAUUCAGUGACCCGCCGGAGAAUUAUGAGUCAUACCCAUUGGUAUUCCCCAAUAAGGACUGGCCCAAGAAGAAUGACCCUGCGUUCAUUGGUAUCUGGCAUUCCAGAUGUCGUGUGGGUGCCAUACGAGCUGAGGAUAGGGAUCAACGCGCACCAGGUGUCUACUUCCGGUUGGAGCGUGAUCUCCCAAGCAGGACUGAUGAAUUAGGUGUGAUGACCUAUGAACGUCUCAAGUGGGAUAUCAGGAAAGGAGUGAUUGGGGCUGAUUCCUUCGUCCCUAAACAUGCGAUUAUUACCACCUGGAAGAAUGUCACCUUUGCUGGUGGUAUUAGUAACGCCCUCUACACCACCAACACCUUCCAACUUGUACUGGCAACUGAUGAGGUCUUUACUUAUGCUAUCUUCAACUACAAGGACCUCCAAUGGACAACUCAUACCGAAGCUAGAGGUGAUACCACUACCGGUGAAGGUGGUACCCCUGCAUAUGUUGGUUUCAACGGCGGGAAUGGUACCAGGUCAUACCAAUACAAACCCUACAGUCAAUCUUCGGUUAUUCGUGACUUGACCAGUCGUGGGUACGCGAAUGGGUUCCCGGGAAGACAUAUCUUCCGUAUUGAUGAGAAUAUUUUACUUGGGACCUGCAACAAGGACAUUGACGAUGCUAAUCUACCUCUGAUCAUUGCUCCCGAGAGUGGAAAUAUGUUAGGUGGGACCGUUGUAAACAUCACAGGACCCUGCUUUGAACCAACUGAUAAGAUCCGGUGUAAAUUCGAUGUGGUUGCUGAUGAAGUUGUGGGUACCUAUGUCAAUCGUAAUCGGGCCAUCUGUAUCCAACCUAGACUCUUCGUAGAGGGUUACAUCAAUCUGGAGGUUGCCAUUGGUAACGGAAAGUUCAAAUGGAAGGGGAAAUACUUCGUUGAGACCCCCGCCUCGGCGGCAGAGAAGAUUUUCUUUGAUGGUAACCAGGUAAACGAGAAAUACCCAGAGGGUAUCAAGCUGACUUGGGUUAAACAGAAUUUGACAACGAAUGAAGCGGCCCAGGUGAAGUUCUCAUUGUGGGGUUACCGUGAACGAACAGUAAGACCCGAAUUCGUCUACAUUUCAAGCCUGGGUGAGUCCCAGAACAACGGGGAAUACACCAUUGUCCCAGGAAACUACCGGAACAACGACAACCCUCAAUUCAGCGAUAUCAAAUUUGGGUUCAUUCAGAUUAACCUCACAGAUUCCAUCCCUGUGGAUACUUUAACAGGAAGUUCCAGCGAUGUGAAGAUUACCCCUGUGAUUUGGUCAAGACCUAUCCCCUUGGGUUGGUAUUUCGCUCCGCAGUGGGAGAGGGAGCAUGGUACUGAAUGGCCCACGGUGUUGUGUAAUACCUGGUUGAAGAACGACAGGUUCCUGAAGAACUUUGCCCAUGAACUACAUCAAUGUCCUUGUAGCUUGGAACACGCCCUGAAUGACAAAGGAAGGUACCUCCCUGACUUUACCUGCGAUAAAGACGUGAACCCAACUUGUAUGUACAACAAGGGAGCUAUACAUUGUGUGAGGAGUGGGUCACCCACUCUGGAAGGCUCUGAACAACAAUGUUGUUACGAUAAGAAUCAGCUACUCAUGAUGUCCUAUGACCAAAUGUGGGGAUCCAGCCCAUUUAGGUCCCAUAACCUAGGAUACCUUCCUUGGAAUGAAGCUAACAAAGUCCCAACCCUUUCGCAGUGGUUCCACGACUACGUCCCGAAGUACCUCUGUUGUAUCUGGCAGGAUAACACAAUCCGAGGGGAAAGUGGUGAGCAAUCAGUUGGUUGUGAAACCCUUCGUUUUGAACGUCGACCCACACAAGAUUGUGUUGCUUAUCAACCACCUGCGGUUGCGGGUGUAUACGGGGAUCCACAUAUUGUUACUUUUGAUGAUUAUGAGUACACCUUCAAUGGGCUUGGAGAGUUUACCCUUGUCAGGACGGAGAAUAAAGAUAUCCGCUUGGAUGUCCAGGGACGGUUCGAGAAGUUGCCUAUGAAUGCUUACGGAGAAGUCAGAGCAACCCAAUUGACAGCUAUUGUAGCCAGGGGUAACUCCUCAACUACGAUUGAGGUUAGGGCAAGACCCAAGGAAGCUACUUGGAGGUACCGAUUGGAUGUCCUAGCUGAUGAGAAACGAAUUUACUUCGAUCGGCCAUCUUUGAAGUUCCAACACUUCCCAGGUGUUCUAGUCUACACCCCAACUUAUAUUCUGAAUCAAUCCGAGGUUAUCAUCAUGUUUGACUCAGGGGCUGGUAUAGAAGUCGUUGAGAACCAGGGAUACCUUUCUACCAGAGUGUAUUUACCAUGGACAUUCAUUAAUCAAACAAGUGGGUUGUUGGGUAACUGGUCCUUUGAUAAAUUAGAUGACCUGACCCUUCCCGAUGGUACAAAGUCACCUCUAGUCACCAACAUCAACGACUUCGGGUCAAUCUAUCGUGAUUUCGGAUCAAAAUGGAUGCUGGCUGAUAAAGAUGAACCAAAAGUGGGUCGCGCCCUGUUUUCACGAGACAAUGGCCGCACCUCCAGCUAUUACAACAACAGGACCUUUGAACCACAGUUCAUCAUGGACAUAGAACAACUUAUCCCACCGAACCGGACCAGGGACCUUGACAAAGCCAGAGAUUUAUGCUACAACAACUAUCAAUGCGGGUACGAUUACGCGAUGACCCUAAAUCGGGACCUGGCCCAUUUCACGCUCAACUAUCACGCGUCCAUCAAAAACAUCAAGGAAGUCAACAGCCGCCCUACCAUUUCCUGUGGAGUGCUGGAAACUCCUCGAUUCGGCCGGAAGUCCAACUUUUUGUUCGUCCCCGGGACCAAGGUGACCUUCGAGUGCAACGAGAACUUCAUCCUCAGAGGUGACCAGCGUAGGGAGUGCAUGUCCAAUGGUCAAUGGAACCUUCCCGAGUAUGGAUAUACAGAGUGUUUACGACAACAGGAAUACGCUUCAAGGACAGCUGGUUACACCUGGGCGAUUAUUUUAUCCAUCACAGUCACGCUGAUUGUGAUCCUGGCGUAUGUUGCGUACAGAUUCUUCCAGAAUAAGAAACAACAAGAAGAUUUAGUUGAUGAUGUUGGAUACCCGGCGAAAAUGGCAAAGGCGCGUGAAGCUGCAUUAAAGUCAUCCAUGCCGACAGGUUACUACGAAGAUGAGAGUUUGAGGUCGACUACAUCAAACAAAGAUGAUUUGCGUUUGGAUCAACAAGGAUUGAGAGAUUCAGAUUUGCAUUCGGAAGUAUCACAUAAGCAACCUUUUAAUGGAUCAACUUUCCAACGCGAGAGUGAAUAUGACUUCCAUACGCCUUCGCCUUCCGAAACACCGCAGAAUGAAAUUCCACAGCAACAAUUUCAACAACAGCGCCCGCAUCAAGAAUCGCCCGAAUUCAGAACUACUUCACCAUCAAGAGAAACAGUCAUUUAAUUAAGAAUUAGUGAUUUUUAAGUUUCUUUUUUGUUAAUUAAACAUCGAUUUUAUUCAAAUUUAGGGUUUGGUAAUUGCUUUUUGUAAUUUAUAUCUCAUAAAUUCAAACAUUGACAAAUUUACUGAAAUUUAAAACUUAAGUGACAGAUGCUUUUAAAUCAAGUACAAAUUGAUGCAGGUUCUAAGCGCAGGUUAAUUGUAUACUACAUUUUUAUGUCUUUUUUAUACUUUGAUAACGAUUAAGUAUUAUUUUCACUUUAGCAUUUUAGAUUAGAAUAAUUUCAUGACUUUAAAAUGUUACAAAUGUAUGAAUAAAUGCUAAUAUUAAUAAUAUAAAACGAAUUAAA